CUUUGGCUAUUGCGGCCUGCAAUCACGAGCUACCUACCUUCCCUGCCGUACCUGCCACCAAAAAAUUUGUGGCGCUGCUCAUCGUCACCACUUCGUUCCACAUCACAACGAAAACCAACUGCUUCGUUCCCACCACACGCAAAGUCGCCCUCGCCGAUCGACAAAUUCGCUCGUCUUCUUGUCGAUUCAUUAUUUUGCGCCAACUAUCAGGUAUCAACCCUCUGUGUUUGUCUUUCUGAGAUUAUUACUGGAAGAUUACACUACCCGCUCUAGAAUCGCCGCAGCGCAAAUACCGCUAAGAUGGGUUCCGGCGAUCUGAAUAUGAAAAAGAGUUGGCAUCCCCUACGGUCGGGGAAUGUCGCUGCAACUCAAAAGGCCGAGGCUGAAGCGAUUGCGGAGCGCAAAAAGCUACAGCUUCGUCUUCAGGAAAUCGAGGAGGAGCGCCGGAAGGAGGAGAUUCAGAACGCUCUCGAAGCAUCGGGUGGCAAGCGCAAGAUAGACAGGGUGGAGUGGAUGUACGCUGGCUCUACCGAUGGGCAGGCUGGAGAUGGAGCUGAGAAGGAGGCUUACCUUCUGGGAAAACGGCGGAUCGACAAACUCCUCCAGGACAACGAGACCAAAAAGCUUCAGAAGCAGCCGAGCCAAGACAGCAUUGUCGCAACGCCGGCUAUUGGCAACCCGCGGGACAUAGCUGCCAAGAUCAGAGAAGAUCCAUUGCUGGCAAUCAAGAGACAGGAGCAGCAAGCAUACGAGGCCAUGAUGAACGAUCCCAUUAAAAGAAGACAGUUGCUUAGUUCUUUGGGUAUCGAUGAUCCCCAACAAAAGGAGAAGCCAAGAGAAGAGAAACGCCAUAAGCAUCGCCACCAUCAUCGAUCUCAUCGGGACCGUGACGAGGACCGGGAUGAGGAACGGUAUUCACGUCGGCGUAGGUCCGACUCGAGGGACAGGUCAAGGAGCCCUCGGAGACAUGACGCAGACGAGGAUCGGAGGCGACGAAGAAGGGAUUCACCAGAGCGGCGGCGACCUAGAUCUGAGUCAAGGAAUGGGCGUGGUGGGCGAGACAGACGAGGCAGGCUGGGCGGCAGCCGUGCGAGGCGAUCUCAAGACAGUCGGUCAAGGGAAAAUUCACGCUCUCCAGCCCCUGCGUCGCGAAGAACUCGGUCCACAGAGCGCGGUGAACCACUGAAGCGCCUCGAGAGUCGAGGUGACGACCGGAAUGGUGACCGAAACGGUGAUCGAGGUGGCCGCCAGAACCGAGGGACUUUCAGAUCUCUCAAAGCGGACGAGAGGGAUAGCCGGCCAAGGACUAACGGCCGAGCAUCUAGUAACCACACGGCCGACGGAGACCGGGCUGAGGAGGAGCGGGCCCGUAAACUCGCCGCCAUGCAGGAGGCGGCUACAGACCUAGACAAAGACCGCCAACGCCGGCUCGCGGCUAUUGAGGAGUCCGAGCGGGCCGCGCAAGAGGCAGACGACAGGGCUCGCCAGCGCAACAAGACGUUCGGAGGCGAUGCAGGGUUUACGACCAGUCUUCACAGCAGAGCUGCCGAUAUGAAAGUAGCUAGUCGCUUGACUGGGGCUCGAUAGUAAAGGAAGCCGGUAGGGAUUUGGUUGUGCUGCCAACUACGGAUACGAAAAAGAUAUGCUUGCUCCGUGUGAAUUCGGAGCGACGAGUUUUGUGAUACCCAAUCAACGGCAUCGAUGCCUUCUGUUUAUAGACACAAUUUGUAUAUUGUUUUAGCAUUCCGACAGCUCCCCUUUGCACACCAAAUAAUACAAAGGCGCCUUGUGCUUUGUGUCUUUGA